AGGCUGACGCAACUGGAGAUAACAACAGGUGGAGGGGAAGGGAGCAGCUGUUUCCAUUUUCGGAAUUUUGGAGAAUCAGGAGACGCCUGGUAAGGCCAGAGAAGGCGGCCGUGUAAUUAUAAAGUUAAAGGGAUCGGACGUGUUCAUCUUCCCAAUUAGUUCUGAGCCCACAGAGGGCUUGUCCCUCAUUGCCACCGUCCAUUGUCCCAUUGUGACCAGGCAGGAGCCCUCCGUGAUUGACUGAUAAAAACGGCGGGUCCAACUCGCUCAGCUCGUUUCUGUUACACAGGACUGUGGAAUCCUGGGUGACAUUCAACUCCUUAGGUCAUCUGCACUCUCCCCGGACGGGGAAACAAAGCCUUCCCGAGCCCGACAAGGAGGGUGGCGCUCCCUGGCCCGGCCGAAGUAAGCCCUCCAUUCGAGACCUCGGCUCCACGGUCUCCCGAACCGGUCCCCGGAACACGAGCCUGAGAUGCCCUCACCCCCGAAAAAUUCCCAAAGCCGGGGAGCCGCGGAAGUGCUUGUACCCACCACGCUAGGCCUGAGGGACCUGUGAGCUACAAUAAGCGCCUGAGGCCAGAGGGGAACCUUGUAGCCUCACACCCGCGUGGAGGAGAAACGUCUGGCGCCCCCGAGCGGUCGAGGCCUCGGGAGCCCGAAAAACGUCUCCCACUCCCAGCGCAGAGCCAACUGACAGUGCCAUCCACCAAUGGGAGAGCCCAGUCUGCGUUCGUGGGACCAGUCCGAGGGCAGAAAGAAGGCCGUCCCGGCGCCAAAUCAGCGUGGCUUUUUAAGAGGUCCUGAGGCCUCUCUGGUCACCACAGAGAGGGACAGUCCCUGUGAAACGGUGACGCUGACUACACUAUGCCGCUCGCUCCGAGCCUUGGCCUUUUCCUCCCGCCGCACUCUAAGUCCUUCGCCCGCCCCGCCCACGGCCUUGUCAGGUCCCGCCUCCCACGUGAGUGGACUGGCGAAGAUGUGGAAUUAUCAAAGCUUAUUGGAUGCUUAGUGGCGUCACUCUGGAGGGCGGCGGGGCCCGGAGCGGCGAGGGCCGCCCCUCUCGGACGGUGAUUGGACUCGCCGGAGUAGACCGGGCUGGGAUUGGUGUGAGGAAGGGCCAGAGCCCGCGGGCGUCUCGGACCGAGGCGCGGGGGAGGCGGUGGCCACCGAGAAGCCCGCCGGCGGCUUGCAAUUCCCUCGCCCGGCGCGCGCCUUUCGCAGAGGGAAGGAGCAAGAGGGCCCCUACCUCGUCGUGCGCGGGCGGGGUCGGCGCUUGUCGCGUGUGGGGCGCAGUGGGGCGGGUGGCGGGAGGGGGGUGGCAGUGGAGGGAGCGAGGGGUGCAGGGGUGACUUUGUUGGCAGCAGGACUAGCUGGAGAGCUAGACCUGGAAGCGCAUCCAGGGAGGACUUGCGAGGCAGAGGAGGGCGUGGGCGUGUCUGGUAUGGGAUGCAGUGGAAAGGAGGGGGCCCUCCUGAGUAGAUCUGUGGGUGAUUCCUUCGAGGAAGCCUCGUCUUCCCGUCUGCCCUUUUAUUUGUCAGCGAGGGAGCCCCCAUGGUCUCUGUUCAAGUUCUGGAAACUUUCUUUUUGGGUGGGCUUAAUCACCUACUACUACAUCGUAGAACUGCCCAGGGCACUUUCUAAUAUUGGUCACAAACGUGGGGAGUAUGUCAGAAAACAGAAAGCCCCUGCUGGGCUUUGUAAGCAAACUCCCUAGUGGGACUGCACUUGGGAACUCAGGCAAGACUCACUGCCCCUUGUGCUUGGGGCUUUUCAAAGCCCCCAGGCUCUUGCCUUGUUUGCAUACAGUUUGCACCACGUGUCUGGAGCAGCUGGAGCCCUUCUCAGUAGUGGACAGCCGAGGGGGAGACUCUGACACAAGCUCUGAGGGGUCAAUAUUCCAGGAACUCAAGCCACGAAGUCUGCAGUCGCAGAUCGGCAUCCUUUGUCCGGUAUGUGAUGCUGAGGUGGACCUGCCCAUGGGUGGAGUGAAGGCUUUAACCAUAGACCACCUGGCCGUGAAUGAUGUGAUGCUGGAAAGCCUACGUGGGGAAAGCCAGGGCCUGGUGUGUGACCUGUGCAACGACAGGGAAGUAGAGAAGAGAUGUCAGACCUGCAAAGCCAACCUCUGCCACUUCUGCUGCCAGGCUCAUAGGCGGCAGAAGAAGACGACUUACCACACCAUGGUGGACCUAAAAGACUUGAAAGGCUGCAGCCGGAUUGGGAAGCCCAUCCUGUGUCCUGUUCACCCUGCAGAGGAACUGAGGCUGUUCUGUGAGUUCUGUGACCGGCCCGUGUGCCGGGAUUGCGUGGUGGGGGAGCAUCGGGAACACCCCUGUGACUUUACCGGCAAUGUCAUCCAGAAGCAUGGGGACUGUGUGUGGGAGCUCCUCAAAGGUACUCAGCCCCACGUGGAGGCCCUGGAGGAAGCCCUGGCUCAGAUCAACAUAAUGAACAGUGCCCUCCAGAAGCGAGUGGAGGCAGUGGCAGCUGAUGUCCGGACAUUCUCGGAGGGCUACAUUAAGGCCAUUGAGGAGCAUCAAGACAAGCUGCUGAAGCAGCUGGAAGACAUACGGGCCCAGAAGGAAAAUUCCCUGCAGCUGCAGAAGGCCCAGCUGGAACAGUUACUGGCAGACAUGCGGACUGGAGUGGAGUUCACCGAGCACUUGCUGACCAGCGGCUCAGACUUGGAGAUCCUCAUCACCAAGGGGGUGGCAGUAGAACGGCUCAGGAAGCUGAACAAAGUUCAAUAUAGCACCCGUCCUGGAGUAAAUGAUAAGAUACGCUUCUGUCCUCAGGAGAAAGCAGGCCAGUGCCAUGGCUAUGAAAUUUAUGGUACCAUUAAUACCAAAGAGGUUGAUCCAGCCAAAUGUGUCCUACAAGGAGAAGACCUCCACAGAGCUCGGGAGAAACAGACAGCCUCUUUCACCCUGCUUUGUAAGGAUGCCGCAGGAGAAAUCAUGGGCAGGGGAGGAGACAACAUUCAAGUUGCCAUUGUCCCUAAAGAUAAGAGAGACAGCCCAGUCAGAACAAUGGUCCAGGAUAACAAGGAUGGGACAUACUACAUUUCCUAUACCCCCAAGGAACCUGGCGUCUAUACUGUGUGGGUCUGCAUCAAAGAACAGCAUGUGCAGGGCUCGCCAUUCACUGUGACUGUGAGGAGAAAGCACCGCCCACACCCAGGUGUGUUUCACUGCUGCACCUUCUGCUCCAGCGGGGGCCAGAAAACCGCUCGCUGCGCCUGUGGAGGCACCAUGCCAGGUGGGUACCUAGGCUGUGGCCAUGGAUAUAAAGGCCACCCAGGUCGUCCCCACUGGUCAUGCUGUGGAAAAUUUAAUGAGAAAUCUGAAUGCACAUGGACAGGUGGGCAGAGCGCACCAAGGAGUCUGCUUAGGACUGUGGCUCUCUGAUGGGUUUGUGCUCAGCCUUUUAAAGCUGCAGGCAGCACCACUUGAGAUUUCCAGAGGACCCAGACCUUCGUUCAUUCUAAAGAGACUGAUAGAAUUAAAAACAAAGUGCCUUAUCUUGCA